AGGGAGGGCGGAGACGGGGGCAGGGGCUCAGCCCAGGGGCUUGAGUGGCAUCCUGGGCAGGGCAGGACAGGGGGCCGAGGCGUGGGUAGGGGAGAAUGCGACUCUCUAAAACCCUCGUCGACAUGGAUAUGGCUGACUACAGUGCCGCUCUGGACCCAGCCUACACCACCCUGGAGUUUGAAAAUGUGCAGGUGUUGACCAUGGGCAAUGACACAUCCCCAUCUGAAGGUGCCAACCUCAACUCAUCCAACAGUCUGGGUGUCAGUGCCCUGUGUGCCAUCUGUGGAGAUCGGGCCACGGGCAAACACUACGGAGCCUCGAGCUGUGACGGGUGUAAGGGAUUCUUCAGGAGGAGCGUCAGGAAGAACCACAUGUACUCCUGCAGGUUUAGCCGGCAGUGUGUGGUAGACAAAGAUAAGAGGAACCAGUGCCGCUACUGCAGGCUCAAGAAGUGCUUCCGGGCUGGCAUGAAGAAGGAAGCUGUGCAAAAUGAGCGGGAUCGGAUCAGCACGAGGAGGUCAAGCUACGAGGACAGCAGCCUGCCCUCCAUUAAUGCGCUCCUGCAGGCAGAGGUCCUGUCCCAGCAGAUCACCUCUCCCAUCUCCGGGAUCAAUGGUGACAUUCGGGCAAAGAAAAUCGCCAACAUAACGGACGUGUGUGAGUCCAUGAAGGAACAGCUGCUGGUUCUGGUGGAGUGGGCCAAGUACAUCCCCGCCUUCUGUGAGCUUCUUCUGGAUGACCAGGUAGCCCUGCUCAGAGCCCACGCCGGUGAGCACCUGCUGCUCGGAGCCACUAAGAGGUCCAUGGUGUUCAAGGACGUGCUGCUCCUAGGCAAUGACUACAUAGUCCCUCGGCACUGCCCGGAGCUAGCGGAGAUGAGCCGAGUGUCCAUUCGCAUCCUUGACGAGCUGGUCCUACCCUUCCAAGAGCUACAGAUUGACGACAAUGAAUAUGCCUGCCUCAAAGCCAUCAUCUUCUUCGACCCAGAUGCCAAGGGGCUGAGCGACCCGGCCAAGAUCAAGCGGCUGAGGUCACAGGUGCAGGUCAGCCUGGAGGACUACAUCAACGACCGGCAGUACGACUCCCGAGGCAGGUUCGGCGAGCUGCUGCUGCUGCUGCCCACGCUGCAGAGCAUCACCUGGCAGAUGAUCGAGCAGAUCCAGUUCAUCAAGCUCUUUGGCAUGGCCAAGAUUGACAACCUACUGCAGGAGAUGCUCCUUGGAGGGUCUGCCAGUGAUGCACCUCAUGCCCACCACCCCCUGCACCCUCACCUGAUGCAGGAGCACAUGGGUACCAAUGUCAUAGUUGCCAACACGAUGCCCUCUCACCUCAGCAAUGGACAGAUGUGUGAGUGGCCCCGACCCAGGGGGCAGGCAGCCACCCCUGAGACUCCACAGCCAUCACCACCAAGUGGCUCUGGAUCUGAACCCUACAAGCUCCUGCCAGGAGCCAUCACCACCAUCGUCAAGCCUCCCUCUGCCAUUCCCCAGCCAACGAUCACCAAGCAAGAAGCCAUCUAGCAAGCCACGGGGGUCGGGGGCUUGGCUGACUCACACCCUCAGAGAACACCUGGGUGUAACUUAGUCACAGCAAGAAAGAUGUGACAAGGGGGCCAGUCCCAGAGCAGCCACAGAAAGAGUGCAAGGCUCAAAAGCAUGGGCUGAGGGUCAGUCCCAUGUAUUGCCACCCCUGACCCCACGUCCAGGAGGGCAGAGCUUUGCUUUGAGGAGACCCCGGCUGGGAAGUCUUCCACGGCCAGGACUGCUCUCCUCGAGCUGAAGCCACUGUCUUCAUCUUCCUCCGAUCUUCCUGCAACUUCUUCCCCCUCAAAGGAUGACCGUCUGCAGAUGCUGCAGGACCUUGUUUAAACACAACUCCCUUCUCUCCCAGCUGGGGAUGCUUCCUUCCUGGUGCUGGUCAGGGAGUCUGGAUACAAAGCUUCUGAGGCUGGGUCAGCUUGCGGUGUGGUACUCCUCUCUCUUCUGCUGAGCCAACCUCAGGUGACCCUCUUCCUACCCUCUAUGGUUACCUUCCCCAGCCAUUCUGACUUCUCCAAAGCCACCUCUCUGGAGGCCGAGGAAGACAUGGCAGCCAUUUCCCUAUUCAUUCUGAGAACCUUUUGUAAGCACUGACCUGGGUGAGGCAGAGGGUAGGAGCCAACAUCUCUCCUCUGCCAACAUCACCAUGACUCUACCCUAUAGCACUAGGCCAUAACUUUGGAGUAAUAAGUUCUAUGGCUUUCUAUAGCAAAGAACCAUCCAAGGGUGAUAAUUGCAACAGAAUGUGGAGAGGGGGUGGCGGUCAUCAGGAAAGUAUCUAGAAAGAGGCAAGCUUUGCAUCUGUCCCUUGACAGGGAAAGCAGGCUUCUGGCUAGCAGAGUAGAUGACACAGACCUGGAUAAAGGCAUGGAGGUAGGUAAAAUAGUAUGGAAAAGAGGUAAUGAAGAAGUCAGUUUCCAUGGAGUUGAGACAGGGCACACACUGGGGACCAUGGAUUCAAUGGGGACCAUGCUAGACUGAAGACAGGAGUAGCUGCAGUGUGGGGCUGUCAGAAGAUGAAUACAGCAUCUUGAAGAGGGAGGGAAGACUGCUGGGAAAGAGCAAGGAGGCCUUAUGAGAGCCUGUGGAUGAGGCAGAGGGAUGGAUCAGAGUUCUCUCCAGGACCUGUCAAGCUCUUCCAUACUCCCAGAUGAUGUCACCAGGCAUUUGACAUCCACCCUCUCCUAUAAUCUUCCCCAGCACCCAGACAUUGUCACAGAAGAUUAAAGUGGAGAUCUUAACUGUCUCAUAGGAAGUCUCUGUCUUCCCCAUGAUGGAAUUCAGAAAUUUCCUCAACCUUUAUUGGUGUCAAGCCCAGAGGCUUGCUCUCUCCAGACCUGGCUGGUUAGAGGCUGUUCUAAAGUCCACUGGAAGUCAAGAAUCCUGUUUACUGAUAAUAGUAAAGUGGACUCAUGACCUCUGUCCUUUUUUUCCUCUGCUCUACCCAAGUGUGGGUGAGGAGCAGCAAGGGUGUGGCUCCUGGAAGAGGGACCAGUCUAAUCUGCUAAUUGGGGAUGAGAGAGUUUGGGUGAGGGGCAGGAGAGGGGCAAGAAAGCCUGGGUUUCAUGCUUGCUUGAGGAACUAGAGUCAAGGUACAUUCUGGAACCACCAAUCUCCAGUGGUCAGGUCUUAGCUCCUGGCUGACCCUUGAUGGCUCUGCAGAGCCUCUAUAAAUUGCCACUGACCAGCGGGAAUAAAAGGAAUGCCUCCUAGGCUGAAGGUGUGCUACGUGGGAGACUGAACACCUAUGUUACAUCAAGGCUGAUCCUUCUGAGUGGAGAGAGCUAGCACCGCAAUGUCCAGAAAUCCCAGCCUUAAAGUCCUCUGAAGAAGAGGUUUGGAGGAGCACUGGGUGGGGCCAUCUGCUUAAAGAAAAAGAACACCCACAGUCCAGGACUGUCGGGACAGGUUAACCCCUCAAGCCUUAUCCUUAGGCUCAGGGAAGACCUUCCUAUGCUCAGAGCUCUCAAGCCUUCUUGGCCACCCUCACUCCAGUGCCAGAGAGACCCUAGCCAGAUUGCUCAGACUACUCUGUACGAGGAAGGACGGCCAGACGCCUUCUAGACCUUGUCUUUCCCACCCUUAGUCCCUCCAUCCCCAGUGAUGCUCAUGAGAGGAGUAGGUAACGUUGGCCUUCAGUAGCAGCAGUCUUCUGGGGCAGGGGUCAGCCGCUGCCCCAAUCUGUCCUUUCUGAAGGAGAUAACCAUUCUACAUUAGCAACUUUAUUACAACACGGGAAACAUGAAAUAAAGGAAAGUUUACUCUUCUGAUCAUAAGCUGAGGACACUACGUUGGAGUUUUGUUUUGUUUUGUUUUGUUUUGUUUUGUUUUGUUUUUCUUCUUCCAAGUUUUCCUAACAUACAAUGUGAUGGCCUAGGUACCAGUAGGUGGUGGACAAGGAUGGGUGCUACAGUUUUCCCCCAGGGCCAACCUCUUUUCUACAAGGAGUUCUCAGAAUCUUUCAGGAUGCAGGAGGUUUUCCUGAGAGUAGACAAGGGAGGGUUACACAUGGAUGUGCUUGAUUUCCUGUGGCAACCACGCCAUUUGCCUUUGCUAGAAUUCUCUGUGACCUACCUUGGUAAACAUGAAUCGUGACCGUCACACGAAACAUUCGUAAGCAGACUGUGUUCCGCUAGAUCAAUCUGCACCUUCCUGUGAUUAUCUCACAUGUGGACCCACAGUGGUCCUCAGGUCCCCACAAUUACUGCCCAAGGGGUCAGAAAAGAAAAAAAACCUCAAAAACAGUUCUUACUCCUGUGUUUUAGCAAAAACUUAUCAAACAAAAUAAAUGGCACAUACGUUUUCUAA